CUAGGACCUUCCUCCAUACGUUCUUAUGGUCAAUCGGGGACGCUUGAGUGCUGGCGUAGCAGCUGAUCUGGCGGCGGCGGGUGAACAGGACUCCUCAGAAGAGGCGCCUCGGCCAGACCGACCCGAGUUGGGAUCAAACCCUGUAGGGCCGGAACAGGAAGCCACUCGACCGCAGGUACGAGAACCCUCAGUGUCUCCCAAGCGGCGUCGAGUUGACAGUCCGAGCAGAGGACCUUUAACACGUUCACAGACUGGCCCAGUCUUCCAGAAGGAAUCAGUUCGACAGCCUCUCACACGCGUCAAUACAGUCAUGGGUGGCCGGCUGCCUGUAGCGCAGACGAGCCUGCGGCACGGGAUGAAGGAUGUCACUAUUAAGAUGGCAACGGGACCCCACGAGGAUCAGGAGAACCUGCCGCCGCCCAAUGUGAAUCGCUCAUCGAUGGGCUCGUUAGAAUCGGUGUGCUUAUCGGACGGAAAGGAAGUAGUGAACCUUGGCGAUGACACAGUAGAGGAGCCGUUCUCGUUGGAGGGCCAACAGGAGGAGUCGCCAUCACCUAUUCUACAGCAGACCUCUCCAGAGGCGCACGCCUAUCGAUCAGAGAGGCCAGGUCAUGGAGAUGAUCAAGUGUCCUCAGUGAGGAGCAUGGCCCCGCAAGUGGAUGUGACGGCCAAUGGUGACACUGAGCCCACCGCCUGGGAGUACAGCUUUGCGGCUCCGGAAGGCGGCCACAGUAUCGCUCCGACUCCCUAUAGGACUGUGACGGGUGUUGGUCGAAGUGAAGAACUUUCCCGAACACAGUCUUGUCGAGGCCGGCCUAUAUCGCAGGUCCCCCCGAUAAUACAGCAACACACAUCGGCAGAGUUACACCGACCCUACAGUCAGCCCCAGACUGAAUGUGUCCAGAAUUACCACCCUCCAGUACUCUCGUCUUUCGGCCCGACGGUAUCAUCAUCACCCUCUACUUUCAGGGGCAUGUCGGGGAUAAUGUUACUUCGUGGGAUACUAGACCAGGGACUGCUGAAACGUCUACACGAACUCCAGGGCUACAGGUCGGAUACGACAGAUGGUGCACAGCAGGGGCCUUUUGCGGCGACUCGAAUGGCUACUCUCCGGUCGGGGGUAUCAUCCUACAGCUAUUAUGCGGAUAUUCUCACUGCAAUCGCCACACAGCUUCCUCAGCAUCAACAACAACAACAACAACAACCUCAAUCUAGGGUGCCUAUUGGGCCGACCUAUGCUGGGACCCAUCAGCAGGGUAGGGUCGAAAGUGGUCACCUGGGCUACACACAGGCCGGGUUGGCAUCGUCAACUUGGGGUUUACCACCGACCGGGACCGUCACCCAUACGGAUGUGCUCGCAAGUAUUAUGAACAGACCACCAGGGCGGGCCAGACUGGCAGAUCUACCUGUGAGUAAGGAUAUGGUUGGAAUUGCAGAUAUUGCGGAGAAACUCGGCAGCAUCAUCGGCAGGCAUCUCCCAGGAGACGCCUAUGACUACCACGUCUACGUUGAGGCUUUCAACAAAGUGGUUGAGAGUGUUCGCAAGGAGUAUCUCGCGGCGGCCAGUAGAGUGAGCCUGUCAGCAAGUCAUCAGGCCCUGCUAGCAUUCACAGACAACACGAUCGUAGCCUGGAGGGAGGGGAGCAUUCUUGAUAUCUUCACCAAGUGCAAGCUGUUGCGCAAGCAGGCCCGGAUGGAACUCAACUUUCGGGGUCUAAUCCGACCGAGUCAGGAUACUGUUGCUAACGUGGUGAGUAGAAUAGAAGCCCUAAGAGGAGUGGUAGCAGGCAAACAGGCCUUAUUGAACAAGCUCCGCCAGGAGAGGGAUACCUGCUGUGAUGGUGCAUGCACGGUAGAGGAUAUAAUAGAGCGCGAGAUUCAAGCGUAUAAGGCAGCCUCUGCAGAUGAGGAGCCAUCACUGAAGCCAUCGUAUGAUCUGUUGUUUGAGUUGGGGAAUCGAUGGGUUCAUAUGGAGUUUAUAACCGAAGGAGAGCGGACAAGGGGCGAAUGGGAAGACCCUGGGGACGACUUUGAGGCCUCCAACUUGCCUACUGCGGUGACGCCUGAUCUCAGUCGUGAUGAUGGGGCCACUCCUAUGCGUUCACGUCGAGCCCGAAAGAGUGUUGGGAGUGUGGCCUCGAUAAUGGCCAUGAACUGUGGCUCGUGCGAAUUCGCCAGCUGAAGCUUUUUGAGUGUUGCUAUGGUUAAUUGCCAAA